CGGAGCCCCGGAUUUCAAACAAAAGUCAGCCAAUUACUAACUUCUGGUUGCUAGGUGUGGCUGUCUCUCAAAUUCUAUAAAAUCAGAAGCCCACGGCGUCACUUGCAGUGUGAAACGUUUAGAGAAGAGUCUCUGCGUGGUUCUUUGGAAGAAGGUGGAAAAAAAGGAUAUUUCUCUAAAAAUGGCAAUGGUCUCAGAAUUCCUGAAGCAGGCCUGGUUUAUUGAAAAUGAAGAGCAGGAAUACAUUAAAACUGUGAAAGGAUCGAAAGGUGGUCCUGGGUCAGCAGUGAGCCCCUAUCCUAGCUUCGAUCCCUCCUUAGAUGUAGCUGCCUUGUAUAAAGCGAUAACUGUUAAAGGUGUGGACGAAGCAACCAUCAUUGAUAUCCUCACCAAGAGAAACAACGCGCAGCGUCAACAGAUCAAAGCAGCGUAUCUCCAGGAAAAAGGGAAGCCCCUGGAUGAAGCCCUGAAGAAAGCCCUUUCAGGUCACCUCGAGGAAGUUGCUUUGGCCCUGUUAAAAACUCCAGCUCAGUUCGAUGCUGAUGAACUUCGUGCAGCCAUGAAGGGCCUUGGAACUGAUGAAGAUACUCUGACUGAAAUUUUGGUAACAAGAACUAACAAAGAAAUCAGAGAAAUUAAUAGAGUCUAUAGAGAAGAACUGAAGAGAGAUCUGGCUAAAGACAUCACCUCAGACACAUCUGGAGAAUUCCGGAAUGCUUUGCUUUCCCUUGCUAAGGGUGACCGAUGUGACGAUCUUGGUAUGAAUAACGACUUGAUUGAUACAGAUGCCCGGGCCUUAUAUGAAGCAGGAGAAAAGAGAAAAGGGACAGAUGUGAAUGUGUUUGUUACCAUUCUUACUACCAGAAGCUAUCCCCAUCUCCGCAAAGUGUUUCAGAGGUACACCAAGUACAGUCAGCAUGACAUGAACAAAGUUCUGGACCUGGAGUUGAAAGGUGACAUCGAGAAAUGCUUAACAGCGAUUGUGAAAUGUGCCACAUGCACCCCGAUGUACUUUGCUGAGAAACUUCAUCAUGCCAUGAAGGGUGCUGGAACCCGGCAUAAGACGCUGAUCAGGAUUAUGGUUUCCCGUUCUGAAGUCGACAUGAAUGACAUCAAAGCAUGCUAUCAGAAGCUGUAUGGUGUCUCUCUUUGCCAAGCCAUUCUGGAUGAAACCAAAGGAGAUUAUGAAAAAAUCCUGGUGGCUCUCUGUGGAGGAAACUAAACAUUCCUUUGAUGAUCUCAAGCUUUUUGAUCAGAAGACUUUUUAAUCUUACCUUUUCAUUCCACAUCAUAGACUUAGAUAGGAAAGUUUCUUUGGCAGGAUUAAUGUCUAAGUGCUUUCUGGAAAAUAUAGCCUAUAAAUCAUUUUUUAUAUUACAACUCCAGAUAAUAAAGACAAGUUUUUUAAAAAUAUAUUUACCUAAAACUACAAAAACCUGUAAACAGGUUGUUCUGGUAAUGUUACCUGAGAAAAAUGUUUAUGCAGCAGAAAAUAAAGUGAUUUUACAGGACAA